AAAAUGUAUUUUCGACCACUUUUCACUCACUAAAAGUCACUGUUUUUUCCAUAAAAUGACGAGUCCCUGAGGUUUUCGGCGUCUAUCACACCGAUUUAACGGCGACGUACAAAAAUUUCGCGCAUUUGCCAACUAUACAUUUUGUUAGAAUCAAUUUUUUUUACACCCAUUGUAUUUGGUUCAGUUUCUAUUAUUUUUAAAGUGAACGUUACCUUUGGACAGUAUUGAUUAAUUGCCAGUUUUUUAAAUAACGUAUUUUCUUAAUAUUCCACUACAAAAUGGAAAAUUCGGCAAUCGGUUUAAAAAUGUUAUAAAGUACUGAUUUUUGCCCGUGCAGUUUGGGCGUGGUUAGGAGUGCUUACAAAGUGAACGAAGACUGUGUAACCUGUUUUGUAUGGGCAAAAAUAAGCAAAAAAUUGAGAAAAACGGCAUUUCCCCAAGAAAUACCACUUACUGAAUAUGUCGAGAAUUGCUGCAACCGAUUGUUUCCAUUCCAAAUACUCAUUUUUUCCGAUUUUUCAUUAUCAGUUCAACCAAAUUCUUUUCAGUUCUUAUAUUCUGGGAAGCGUCGCCAGUGAAAUGUUGACAGUUUUCGAAGAAAAGUUUAAAUUUCACGGAAAGUAUUAUGGUGGGUUUAUACACGAGAAUAAGGAAUAACGCUUAACGAUUAAGACGUGUUUAUAAACCGAAUAGUAGCUAACCCUUAAGGAAUAAGGCUUUAAAAAGUUGGCAUCUUUUAUCUUAUGCGUUAGGCGUUAUUCUAACGAGGCAUGCGCAUUAAAACAUACAUUUCGCUGUGAGGUUAAAAAACGAAAUUAUUAAUCCGAAAAGAAUUACCACUUCUUCAGUGGACAAAUCCAUUUUAAUGUACAAUAUUUAUGUGAAAUAAGCUUUUAUUGGUAUGCUACCGCGAUAAUGUUGACCAUAAACAGACACAACCCUAUUGUUUCUUACGCCUAUGCUUCGAUUUGAUUGGCUGUACAUAAAAUAAUAUUGUUCCUUACUCUGUUUUAUAAACACCCCAUUAGGCGUUAUUCCUUAAGCCUUAUCCUUAUUCUCGUGUAAAAACCCACCAUGAAACGGUGUCUACAGAAAUUCAAAAAUUAUUUAAGAGUGCGCUGGUACAGGCGGCGCCAUCUUUACACAUACAGCUCAAAUACACCAGAGUCUUCGUUUAACAAGGAGAAAUCAGUACGAUUUGAUUUCUGGUGCAAAUGGCCAGUAUCUAUGAUAUACAUUAUAGAUACAAGAUGCUUAUAUAUCUAUGUUGACAACGCUAACGCCGAUGUUCAAAUUUAAUUAAACUGGUAUUUUUGGACCUUGUUUCCGUUAGGAGCAGUCUAACCUAUUAAACGAUUUGUAAUUGUUAAAAUUCCCCACUUAACACUGCCGCCGGUUUGGGCUGUCGAUAAUAACAGAUAAUAAACAGUUCUUACAUUGUAGUUUUUCUUAUUUCAAACACUUUUUGUUGGACACAUUUUUUAAAAAUACGAUUUUCGAUUGGAAUCACAAUGAUUUGUCUAUGAAGGUAUGGCUGUCAAGAGGACAAGAUAAGGCAUUUCUGCUUGUGAUGUUGCCACGUUUCUAUCUAUGUUUUUCGACGAUAGGUCUAUUUUGUAGUGUUUGUGUUUUCCGUUAGUUUUGUUUAAUUCAAAUUGGCAAGGAAAAUACCCGGAUUCGAUUCAUUCAAUAGUUUUGAUUCGUUUAUACAACUUUACAAUGCCCGGCAGUGCAAGUCUAGUGGAUGCACUGUUGUUAGAUGUGGGAAUUGUGAUGUCAGUGGUUGGGAAUUUGCUUCUAUUUUAUAAAACACCGAGGCUAAGUUUCAAAACGCGAGUUUUUCUGUUAAAUUAUGUGUUUUUGCGACGAUUUGCUUUUUUUGCUGAUUUUGCUAGGUGGAGGCUUGGCAUCGUUGGUUUCAACUGUUGAUUUCGUUGUUGGUCGCGUCCAAUGCGCAGUGAGUAGCAAAAACGGCUGUCAUUUUUGUGCGGCAAAAGGCCCUAAUCCAUAGAGUAAAUAAAAUAAUUUACUUACUCUGCCCUCAUCUUCACAAACUUGUCUUUAUCUAUGUUCUACAUAGUAGUACAAACUGUACUACCGUGUACUUUUUUAUUACCUUGAGCCAAAAGCGGAAGAAAAGUGCCAGAUCUUAACAAGUACCACUAUAAGAAGAAAGAAUAACCAGUAAUUUUCAUCCGCUAAAGAUAAGCAAUGGCUAGCAGUGCAGGUGCUGAUAGUGGCAGUGGGUGCAGUGUUGUUCGAUGUGCGAAUUGUGAAGUCGCUGAUGCGGAAUUUAUUUUAAUCCUAAAAAACAACGAGUCUCUUCUAGACUUUUUCUACAGACACAACGUUCUAUCGUGUCAUGCUCGUUGUAGUUGCGGGGCUCAGAUGACCCCCAAAGGUAGAUUGGGUCGCAAAUUGAAUUUUCGCUGCCAGAAGAUGAAUCCCACAACAGGUAGGAAAUGCAACACAAGUUACAGUUUGCAUAAGGGAAGUUUUUUUGAUCAUUCACGACUCUCCCUGCAACAAGCGGCUCAUGUUGUGUUACUGUACAUAAACCGGCCGCCUCCUCGGUGUCGCUAUAUUGCUAGGGAAGUCAAUUUGUCGAUUCCAACCUUGAUUGAUUGGUUCUCCUUUAUUAGGGAAGUUUUUAUUUUCUGGGUUCAUCAGCACUGUUCACAGCUCGGUGGUCCCGGUGAAGUUGUUGAAUUUGUUGAGGCAAGAGGGAGCAAGAGGAAGUAUAAUAAAGGUCGUAUCAUGGAUGACCACUACAUUAUUGGGGGAAUCCAAAGAAGUACUGAACAGUUUUUUGUUGUUACUGUUGAAAGCCUAUCUUCUGCCACUCUUCUCCAUAUUAUUCAAGAUAAUAUUCUGCCAGGAACCACUAUUAUUAGUGAUUGUUGGAGAACUUAUGAUUGUCUUGGUGAGAAGGGUUUCCAACAUCUCAUAGUUCAUCAUUCCUACAAUUUCACAAAUCUAGACACAGGUGCUCAAGCUCAAAAUGUUGAGCAAAAAUGGGUUAAAGUGGAGAAACUGAUUCCUAGGUUUGGCCGGAAAAAGAACGAGCAGUAUUUUGGCAAUUUGGCUGAAGCUUUGUUUAAGUUGCAUUUUCCAGAUCACACGCAACGACUUCACCAUUUUUGGGCCACUGUAGCCCAGAUGUAUCCUCCAUUUGCCCAUUUUUAAUUAUUUUUCUUUCAGCAGCAGUCCGUUUCUCCUUUUUAAUUUUCAUCUGUCUGUAACCUGUGCAAAUUUCUGUUCAUUAACCCGUUUCAGAUUUUAUUAGUUGCAUUUCCUUGUAAUUACGUUGUGCCUUUCCAAAUAAACGCCGUUUGCUCGAUUUUCUACCCCCAACUUUUUAAAUAUUUUCAAAACUUCCUUUUCAUCUUUGUGACGUUGCUUUUUCUCACUUUGAUAUGCACUGCAGUGCUUCUGCCACGUGCACCGCUCUGUUUUGUGCUGUUGCAAUGCAGUUACCCACAUUUGGUACCUCCGUGCAGACUGCGCGUCCGAGGAAGCGACACACGGGCAGUAAUUAUGAUGUUCCUUAAUAAUCUAAGAGCCAUAAAAGGUUACAACAGGCUCCUAGAAACACCACCAAAUGAUUUUAGACACCUUUUUCCUUUCAACGAGAAAAACCUGCGAUUGUUAGCCCCCAUUUCUUUGGAAAUGAGUGAAUGUUUUUGCCGUAGGAUAUCUCCCUCCGAUCCGGGCUACCAAAACAGUAUAGGGGGAAUAAUAAAAGUACUGUUAUCACUCUUGCAGUUCAAAAGGCAGUUGGCCAAUGAACUAAUAGGAGACUUUAUUCAAAGAAAAAAAAACCUGACCUGUUCCAAACACUUCAAGGAAUAUUGGUGAUCAUCUUCCAAUCAAAGGUGAUUCAUCGGAGAUUUGUUCUUUGUUCAUCAAAAAGAAAGAAGCAAACUCGUUGAAAUAUUAUCUGCAAGGCCUGUGACGUUGCCCUUUGCAAAGACUGUUUGGCCCCAUACCAUGUGAACUCAUAUUAAUUUUGUUACUUGAUUUGGAAAUUGUGGAUGUUUUUUUGUAAAAAAGUAAAUGGUAGCUAUAUUUACCGCUG